AUGUGUCUUGUAGGUCUUACAUCUCUUGCAGGUCUUGUGGGUCCUACGGAUCUUCCGGGACUUGCAGGUCUUGUAAGUCUUAUGGGUCUUACGGAUCUUGUCAAUCUUGCGGGUCUUCCAGAUCUUGCAGGUCCUGUGGAUUUUGUGUGUCGUGUGAGUUUUAUGUGUCUUUUAGAUCCUCCAGGUCUUGUAGGUCUUACGAGUCUUGCAGGUCUUACGAGACUUACAGGUCUUCCGGGUCUUGGAGAUCUUGCGGGACUUGCGCGUUUUGUGUGUUUUGUGGGUCUUGGGAGCCUUCCGGGUCUUGUAGAUCUUCCGGGCCUUGCAGCUCUUGUGAGUCUUGCAGGUCUUACGGGACUUACAGGUCUUGCGGGUUUUGGAGACCUUGCGGGUCUUGAGGGUCUAGCACGUCUUGUAGGUCUUACGGGUCUUGUGGGUCUUACGGGUCAUACGGGUCUUGCGGGUCUUACGGGUCUUGUGGGUCUUACGGGUCGUGUGGGUCUUACGGGUCUUGUAGGUCUUACGGGUCUUGUGGGUCUUAUGGGUCUUGUGAGUCUUGUGAGUCUUGUGAGCCUUACGGGUCUCGUGGGUCCUGUGAGUCUUACGGGUCUCGUGAGCCUUGCGGGUCUUCCGGGCUUUGUAGCUCUUGCGGUUCUUGUGGAUCUUGCGGAUCUUAUGGGUCUUGCGGAUCUUGUGGGUAUGACGGGCUUUGCGGGUCUUUAG